CGCGGGGCGGGCCGGUCUGCUUUCUUUCCCUUAAAAAUCUUUUCUGAGAACUCGCCUGAAGCGGUUCGGGGGCUCUGUGUGUGCCCACUGCCAGGUUUGCUGCUGCUGCUGAAAUGGGGGAGUACGGAGUCGCUCCAGGCCAGCGUGUAGCCAUCGUCUGGGACAGCUCCUCGCCGGUCGAAGCUCUGAAAGAUUUGGUGGAUAAAGUCCAGGAGCUGGUGGGAGCUGAUAAUCGUGUCUCUGUGGAAAACGUUAACCAGCUGCCUCAGUCGGCUCACAAGGAGUCCAGUUUCGAUGUAAUCCUCUCUGGCAUGGUACCAGGCAGUACAGCACAGCACAGUGUGGAGCUCCUGGCAGAAGUUGCUCGGAUACUUAAACCAGGGGGCCGUGUCCUCCUGAAAGAACCAGUGGUUACAGAAUCAGGAAACAAUGGCAAAAUCAAGACAGCAGCCAAACUCCUCACAACUCUGACUCUCUCUGGGUUGGUGGAAGUGAAGGAGCUGCAAAAGAAAGCRCUGACCCCAGAGGAGGCCCAGUCUGCCACAGAACAUCUGGGUUACCAAGGCAAUGACCUUCUCAUUAUUCAGAUAGAAGGCAGGAAGCCCAAUUUUGAAGUGGGAUCAUCAAGUCAGCUCAAACUUUCCUUUGCCAAGACACCAGCAAAAGCCUCUGUGGACCCAACUGCUGCAAAGCUGUGGACACUCUCUGCCAAAGAUAUGAAUGAUGAAGAGAUGGAUCUUUUGGACUCUGAUGAGCUGUUGGAUUCAGAGGAUUUGAAAAAGCCAGACCCAUCGUCCCUCAGAGCUCCAUCCUGCAAAGAACUGGGCAAAAAGAAAGCCUGCAAGAACUGCACAUGUGGCCUGGCUGAAGAACUGGAACAGGAGAAGAARAGCUCACAGCCCAAAUCUGCCUGUGGAAAUUGUUACCUGGGUGAUGCAUUCCGCUGUGCCAGCUGCCCUUACCUGGGGAUGCCUGCCUUCAAGCCUGGRGAGAAGAUUCUCCUGCAAGAGAACCAGCUGCAUGAUGCUUAACAAAGACGUGUCCUGCCAAGGACUCUGCUGCUUUUCUGUCACUCUGAGGUUCUUCCUGCAGUCCUCAUCCUCUCAAACUUAUGCUCUCCAGCCAAUACUCCACGUGGGGAGGGACAGUGCAGGCACUGACACUGCUGUGAGCUCACCACUUGUCAUUAGCCUUGGGCUACCUGAUCCUUUGGUGACAAGUCACGUAUCAGACUUCAUGUUACACCUUGUUUUGGCUGACCUGACUUGAUCCUGGRCGCUGGCCGUCACAGCGUGUCCCACCAGCAGAGGGAAGUACAAUCACGUGUCAGGCUGUCCUUGUGUGCCUGUGGCAUUUCCCAUGCCCGUGUCCUUCAGCUCUAACUAGUCCUGAUUUUCCGUGGUGAAUCAGCAGCUCUGGCUCAUCCUCCGGGGUGACUAGGCUCCUGCUCUCUUUGAAAUUUGAACCUGCAGCCCCUUACCACAUGAAGGUGGCUCAGCAGCUUCUGUGCAAGUCAGGAGCAGAGAGUACCCUUAGCAGUAUGUACUCUUAGCAAUGUGCAUGAUCUUCUUGAGAAAGGCUGGCAGGCAUGAUGAAUUUCCAAGUGUUUUGGGAGCCCCUACCCCCACCUGUUUCCAGCAAAAUGACAAAGAUUCAGUCCCACCAAAAACUCCUGCCUUUAAGGKAGGGAAUGGAUGAAACAAGAUCUGUCCUGUCUUCCCACAGCUUUCAGUCCAACACAGAUUGAUAACACAAGGGCAAUCUGAGACUCUCACCUCUCUUGGUGGUUACUCAAGUGAGUUACCUGCAGUGUCAAAUGCAUAAAAACAUAGCAAUAACUUAAUUUCUAGAUGAUCUGUGGUCGCCAUCUGCUCCCUCUCCAUGAGAUACUAUUUAUUUGUGUAGUUACUGCUCGUGUAGCAUCCUGCUGGUGUGGGAUGAGGGUGCUGUUCACAUUUUGUGCCGGGCUUGCUUCUCACCCAGGGAGGGAGAGGAGGAAAGCCCACAGCCAGUGUCUCAGUGGGGAUUGCUUUGUUUGGAGCUCUUGCUCUAUGGGAUGUGACUGCUUGUUGUGUGCUACCUGAGUUAUUAAACUCAUGGAGGGGGCUGGGAUGAAAGGCUGUUCUGUUCUUGAAAUAAAAGUGACCAAUAGUAAAGCCUUUGUUUUAAGGCUGGUAUUAGUGGCAUUCUAAGUG